GCUGGGCGCUGGCAGGGCCGUGCCCGGUGGCUCCACCCCGCAGUGCCGGUGCCACCAUGAACUGCAGCGAGGCGCGGCGGCUGCCGGCGCUGCUCGGGGCGGUGCUGCGGGAGCUCCGCCGCGCCGCCAACAGCAGCGCAGCCCCGCCGGGCCCCGGCUCGGCCGCGGGGGCGGACGGCUCGCUCUACAUCCUGCUCAUCAUGAUCUUCUACGGCUGCCUGGCCGGGGGGCUGAUCCUGGCCUACACCCGCUCGCGGAAGCUGGAGUCCAAGCACGACCCGUACCACCUGUACAUCGAGCGGGACUGGCGCCCCGGCGGCCCCGCCGAGGGGCAGCGGCUCUGAGCGCGGCGGGAYCGGCGGCCGGCGCUCGGCAACACGAAAGGUCCGUCCUGCGAUGGCAGCGCUUCACUGCCCUCCCGCCGGGGCACCACGGACAGCGAGAGACUGCGGUGGAUAAAUUGUACUUGUGCAGUGGCAUGUACAGCGCUCUAGGCUUGUGCGGUGAGAGCUUUCUUCAACUCUUAGGAUCCAUUUGUAUUGCUCUUCUACAAUAAAUACGUGCAUUACAUACUGCAGCCUUUCWGUACUUAUAAGRGGCUUAAAAAAGGAAGGAGAGUGAGUUUUUACAAGGGCCGGUGAUAUGUCAAAGUGGAACAAUUUUAAACUGAAAGAGGAGAAAUUUAGUUUAGCUGUUGGGAAGMAAUUCUUUAGUGUGAGCAUGGUGAARCACUCGAACAGRUUGCCCUGAGAGGUUGUGAAUGCCCCAUCCCUGGAAGUGYUCAAGGAUGGGGACCUGGACARCYUGAUCUAAUGGUGGUACCCCAACCCMUGGCAGGGGGUUGGAACUAGAUGAACUUUGAGGUCCCUUCCAACCAAUACUAGUCUAUGAUUACUUACGCACAGAGACCUCUCUCAUCAAUCAUAUUUAGAUCUAGUUUUAAAUCUUUUUCUUUAAAAUCUCUUUGUACUACACCUUGUUAUCUGACCAGUGCUAUUGGUAGCAUUUAAUGAAAUGAAAAGUAGGUCCAUUAUUGCUGUAGGAUGCUCCCUUCUGUCACUCUGAAGCACUGACAGCUGUCAUGGAUUGGAUGAGUCAGRUCUUGUUCUGUUAAAGUAAGAUGGGUUUGGAUUACGUGGAAGCAUUUCUUGAAACAAAAAGACCUUAGAAAAAAGCACCAGCACUGUGGCUUUGAUGAUGCACAGAAACUUCUAAAGGCAUCGAAAACAUCCUUACACACAGAGAGAUGUGAAAWUCCAAGAGUAUCUUUGUGUAACUUAAACGUUACAAUUAAACCAACAUACAGCAUAUGCUUUCUACAGAAAAAAGCUAGGCUGGCAGAGGUUGUUCUAGAUGUUCUAGCCACAUCAGUAGYCUGUGCCUUCUUGGUUUGAGUUUGGAGUAAGGUUUUUUCAAAGAUUAAUGAACAAUUCUAAGGAAGAAAUGCUGUCACUAGGAAAGCUGCACUAUACAAUCCAAAUUAUGAUCUGGAUUUUAUCCAAACCACACUGCUGGGAAAAGAAAUUUUGACAUUGACUUCAAAGGAGGGGAGAAUUUCAUUAUACACUUAAAUUUCCAAACACUCAUUAAUAUUUUUUCCAACAGAAAACAGUUGUCUUGUAUUUGGCAACAACUGCAUCUUGCUCUCUCUACUAACCUUGUGGGGAAUCAUUGUAAAUUGAACACCUGAAGUGAUGAGUUUAAAAAAUAAAUCCUGGAAAGGACUGGCAAUUACCAAGUCAGUGUUGUCACUGCAGAAAAACACUGAAACAUSUACAGUCAAAUUAUAAAGUAUCCUUCAAUAUCAUACACUGUGAAUACCCAGACUUCCUCAAAAUUUAAAAGUAUGGGUAGGAGAAAAAAUUCAAGUUCCAGAAACAAUUUCAAUGGGAGUAUAUACCACAGUACCAUUGCUAGCAUUGUAUCAGUAGACAUAUGUGAAAUCUUUAGCUUACCAAAGAAAACGUAGUAGUAUCAUGUGGGAAAAGGAUCCAUUUCUCUUACUCYCCCAAACUGCAAAGUACAUGCAACACACUGUAUUUAGAGCCUAACUAAAAACAAGRGCUGCUCAUGUGAAAGUUUGCCCUGCAUUACAUAGUUAUAUGAAAUAAGGAAAGCACAAGACCUCCUGCCAAGUAACUAAACAUCUAAUUAUCUGCUGUUCUGUCUGUACCUUUCAACACCUGAUCAAGGUCUCGGUGAACUGUAGUAAUUUGUGAUUUACAUCAGUCCAUCUGUUAUUAUAGUUACAGUUCAACCAGCUCUUUAAAGAAGGUAACACCACUGUGCGUUAAGACACACCAAAGUACUUGAAACACUCAAGAAUUCAUAUUGUGGCACACAGAGACCUUGAUAUACAAGUAUUAAGCCCAGCGGCAACAAUGAUUUCUUUUUGUUUUAGUAAGUUCAAUACACUGUGUACUGGUUGGAAAUCUUGAAAAACCACAAAGCUGCAAACCCAGUGGGACUGAACUGAAAUAGGCUGCAAGACAAAAAUUAGCCAYUGCAAUUCAACACAAUUUUGCCAUCAACAGUAUAUUCUGCAGCACAUGUAUUACUGAUGCAGGGCAAAAUGGCCAAUUAAUAUCUGUAAUCCAUUAAAUCACAAAAGAUAACAAGUUAGAUUUAUUUAUAUUAUUAAACCCAGCCUUCUGAAGGAAUAAGCCCGGCUAUUAAUGUCCUACAUUUCUGCAGUUAGGAACAAAAAGGAAAAGCUUGCUUUUCUAGGAAGACUUCAAUAUUCUUUUUGUCAGCUCAGAGACCAUUUUGAAAGAGCAAUCUCUGGAUUCACUUUCAACAUACCUGCAAAAACAUCUUCUGAUUUGGGCUGAUUUGUUUUUCCCAGCGCUCAUAAACCUUUACACUGCAUCAACUGUAACAGUCUUGCUCAGGAUCAUUACCAAGAAAAACUGAUUGCAAAGCCUCAUUGAAAUCUUCAGCUUCAAACACAGCAAGAAUUUUCCAAUGUAUUUGGAAUUGGUUCCAGAGUACAUUUCUAGAAUAAUACCUGUUUCCAUACAACUGCUGACCUUGCAUGAGCAUAUUCAUCUUUGCAGUGUUAGCAUUUAAAAGCUSCUGUCUACACUAAGCAAGUGUGUGUCAGUAAUUCUAAACAGCAAAAUAAAGUCAAUAAAUCACUGGCGUUAUCACAAAAAGCAUUUCUCAUUURAGUGUUUCAUUUCUUCUUAGAGAAACAGCAGAAGCACAACAUGUUCCCAGUAAAAAUAUUUACA